AUGACAAGUGUUCCAAUUAAUCAACGAAUACAAAAAGUUAUUGUUGAAUUAAUUGCGACUGAAAAAUCUUAUGUUCAACAUAGACAAAAUUUCCUAAAACAAUACAUUGAACCAUUAUGUAAUAAUUCCACAAUUUUACCAUCAGAUGCAAUUGAAUCACUUUAUAAUAGUAUUAAAUCAAUUUAUCAAUUACAAAUUAUAUUUCUCGAAAAUCUUAAAUUAAAUUUAUUAACUGAAAUAUUUGAAUUUAAUUUGGCAGAAUUAUCUUCAUAUGGAGAAAUUGAAUGGAUUAAUAUUUAUCGAUUUAUUUCAAGAAAAAAUUAUCAAUGUUUAAAAAUAUUUGCUUCGUUUUUCAAUAUGGUUGCCUUUUAUUAG